AUGUCAGACCUGCGGUAUUUCCAGACAACAAAGAAGGGGGAGAUUCAUGAGCUAAAGGAGGAACUACACUCUUCUCAUAAGGAAAAAAAAAAGGAAGCCAUUAAAAAAAUAAUUGCUGCUAUGACGGUUGGAAAAGAUGUCUCUACACUAUUCUCAGAUGUUGUAAACUGCAUGCAGACAUCUAAUAUAGAAUUAAAGAAACUCGUUUAUUUGUACGUAAUAAAUUACGCAAAGGCGCAACCAGAAUUAGCCAUUUUAGCAGUGAAUACAUUUCGAAAAGAUUCAUCAGAUCCAAAUCCAUUAAUCAGGGCAUUGGCUAUAAGGACCAUGGGAUGCAUCAGAUUAGAACAAAUAACAGAAUAUCUAAUUGAGCCUUUGAGGAGGUGCUUAAAGGAUGAAGAUCCAUAUGUGCGAAAAACAGCUGUCAUUUGUAUUGCCAAAUUGUAUGACAUAUCUCCAAAGUUAGUGGAAGAAGAAGGUUUUAUAGAAACUCUUUUAAAUAUAUUAGAUGAUAACAAUGCUAUGGUAGUGGCAAAUGCUAUAAUUUCCUUAACUGAUAUAUGUGAAAAUUCUAAUAAAAGUAUUCUAAGAGAUGUCAUCAAUAAAGAUGAAAAUAAUGUGAAUAAACUUCUAAAUGCAAUUAACGAAUGUGUGGAAUGGGGCCAAGUAUUCAUUUUAGAUGCUUUGGUUUUGUAUGAACCAAAGACUAGUAAAGAUGCAGAGAGAGUUCUAGAAAGAAUAUUACCCAGAUUAUCUCAUGCUAAUUCAGCAGUUGUUCUUUCAUCUAUUAAGGUUAUUUUAAGCCUAUUAGAUAAGAUUAGCGAUAAAGAAUUUAUUAAAACUGUUCAUAAAAAAUUGAGCCCAUCGCUAGUUACUCUCUUGUCAGCUGAGCCGGAAAUACAAUACAUAGCAUUAAGAAAUAUUAAUUUGAUAACUCAGAAAUUACCGAACAUGCUAGCAGAUAAAAUUAAUAUGUUUUUUUGCAAAUAUAACGAACCUGCAUAUGUAAAAAUGGAAAAGUUAGAUAUAAUUAUUCGCCUCGUUUCAGAUAAAAAUGUAGAUCUUGUUUUGUAUGAAUUGAAAGAAUAUUCAACAGAAGUAGAUGUAGAAUUUGUAAAAAAAAGCGUAAGAGCUAUUGGUAGUUGUGCUAUAAAGCUACCACAAUCUAGUGAAAAAUGUAUAAAUAUUUUACUAGAUUUAAUAGAUACCAAAAUUAAUUACGUUAUUCAAGAAUGCAUAGUAGUUAUUAAAGAUAUCUUUCGUAAAUACCCAAAUAAAUAUGAAAGUAUUAUUACAAUACUGUGUGAAAAUUUAGAAUCGCUAGAUGAAUCAAAUGCGAAAGCGGCUCUUAUAUGGAUCAUUGGUGAAUAUGUAGAAAGAAUAGAAAAUGCAGAUGAAUUGAUAGAUUCAUUUUUAGAAAACUUUACAGAUGAACCAUAUAAUGUACAAUUACAAAUACUAACAGCUAGCGUGAAAUUAUUUUUAAAAUGCUCAAAAAAUACUAAAGAUAUUAUAACGAAAGUCUUAAAAUUAUCAACAGAAGAAAGUGAUAACCCUGAUCUAAGGGAUCGAGCAUUUAUUUAUUGGAGAUUAUUAUCCAAAAAUAUAGAAAUUGCUAAAAAAAUAGUUUUAGCUGAAAAACCACCAAUCCAAGAAGAAAAUAAAAUUACAGAUAUGAAAGUUUUAAAUAAACUAAUCAAAAAUAUAUCCAUGCUUUCAUCUGUUUAUCAUAAACUACCAGAAACAUUUAUUUCCAAAAAAUCAAGUUAUAUAUUCCAUAGUGAUCAAGACGACGAUGACAACAAUAUUGAUAAUAUGGAUGAUUAUAAUGUUGUUAAAAUUAAGAAACAAAUGGAAAGACAAAAAUAUGAAAGCUAUUCUAGUGAUAAUAGAAAAUCAAAUCAAUCAAGAUCAUCCAGCGAAUCUUCUAACAAUUCAUCUGAUGAUGCCAAUGAUGAUAAAGAUGAUGAAGAUGAUGAUGAUAGUAAAAAGUCCAUGGAUUUAAUUGGACUAAAUGAUGAUGAACCAACAAACACAAAACAUAAGAGAACUGCACCUGCACCACCGGUUAAAUUAGUUCAAGUUCUAUCUCCCGAAGAUACAGGUCUAAAGGGACAAACCGGAUUAUCUAUUCUAUCUUCAAUAAAUCGUAUAGAGGGAAAAAUUCAGCUAAAAAUUGCGGUGACGAAUCAGACACCAAACCCUGUUGUUAUAUCGGGAGUGCAGAUAAACAAGAAUUCAUUUGGUCUAUCUUCGCCGAACAAUUUGGAUAUUCAGAAUGUUUCCUUUGGAGAGACCAAAGAAAUAUUAAUAUUGCUCGUCCCAAAUAUGCUAAAUUCGAACACUCCUCCAUCUACUCCAUUAUUUUUACAAGUUGCCAUAAGAACGAGCAUAGAUAUUUUUUACUUUAAUGUUCCAUACGAUAUUUUCAUCGUUUUCGUUGAAAAUUUUAAUAUGGAAAAAGAUAUUUUCAAGAAAAAAUGGCAGCUUAUAGAGGAUUCAAAGGAGAGCAUACUAAUGGCUUCAAGUCCAAUGGUUAUAACUUCUGACAUACUUAUAAAGAGAAUGAAAAUUUUCAAUAUUUCGCUGAUAGCUCGAAGGAAUGUAAAUAACGUGGAAUUGUAUUAUUUCGCCUGCUUAACGACAAACAAUCUCGUUAUACUUAGCGAAGUGACCAUUCAUCCAGAAAAAAAAGGUGUCAAGUUAUGUGUCAGGACAGAUUCAACAUCAGUGAUACCCUUGUAUAAGCUUCUCUUUGUUAAGGCAUUUUCGCUAAGUGUAACUCAGACAUGA